AUGGAAAAAUCCAAAAAUUUCCGCAUCGACGCGCUGCUGGCCGUGGACCCCCCGCGAGCGGCCUCGGCGCAGACCGCGCCGCUGGCCCUGGUCACGUCGCUCGCGGCCGCCGCAGCUGGCCCCGGGGGCGGCGGCGGCGGGGCGAGCGGCGGGGCGAGCGGCGGCUGCAGCCCCGCGUCCUCGGAGCCGCCCGCGGCGCCCGCCGACCGCCUGCGCGCCGAGAGCCCGUCGCCGCCGCGCCUGCUGGCCGCGCACUGCGCGCUGCUGCCCAAACCGGGCUUCCUGGGCGCCGGCGGCGCGGGCGGAGGCGGAGGCGGGCCCGGGGGNNNNCCGGGGGGGCCCCCCCACCGCGCCCCCCCCGGCGCCCCCGCCGCCGCCGCCGCCGCCGCGGCUGCCGCGGCCGCCGCGGGGGGUCUGGCGCUGGGGCUGCAGCCGGGGGGCGCGCAGGGCGGCGCGGGCCUCCCGGCGCAGGCGGCGCUCUACGGCCACCCGGUCUACGGCUACUCGGCGGCGGCGGCGGCGGCCGCGCUGGCCGGGCAGCACCCGGCGCUCUCCUACUCGUACCCGCAGGUGCAGGGCGCGCACCCCGCGCACCCCGCCGACCCCAUCAAGCUGGGCGCCGGCACCUUUCAGUUGGACCAGUGGCUGCGGGCGUCCACCGCGGGUAUGAUCCUGCCCAAGAUGCCGGACUUUAACUCCCAGGCGCAGUCCAGCCUCCUGGGGAAGUGCCGCCGGCCACGCACCGCCUUCACCAGCCAGCAGCUGCUCGAGCUGGAGCACCAGUUCAAGCUCAACAAGUACCUGUCGCGGCCCAAACGCUUCGAGGUGGCCACCUCCCUGAUGCUCACCGAGACCCAGGUGAAGAUCUGGUUCCAGAACCGGCGGAUGAAGUGGAAGCGCAGCAAAAAGGCCAAAGAGCAGGCGGCGCAGGAGGCCGAGAAGCAGAAGGGCGGCGCGGGCGCAGGCAAAGGCGGCGGCGCCGAGGACCAGGGGGACGGGGUGCUGCUGGGGCCGCUGGCGCCCGGGGACAAGGGCAGCGGACGCCGCCUGCGGGACUUGAGGGACAGUGACCCCGAGGAGGAGGAGGAGGACGACGACGACGAGGACCAUUUCCCCUACAGCAACGGCGCUAGCACGCACGCCGCCUCGUCUGACUGCUCCUCCGGGGCCGACUCGCCUGCCCCGCGGUCCGGCGGGCCCGGCCAGCAGCCCCCGCCCCAGUAG